AUGGCUCCAGGAUUAACAAGUAGACAUUUCGAGAAUGUAGUAAUUGUAAGGAUUCAACUAGUACCUCCAAUGAUGAGCCAAGUGGCACACUGUGCGGUGUUUAAUAACAACAUUUCAGACUCAUCACCCAUUUCAAAAAUCAUGACUUACGGAUUUAACUUUUCACUAUUGAAAGCAUGGAACCAUCUCAUCCAACCAGCCAAAAUGGUUCAAGUGAGGUUCAAAGACAAUUAA